AUGGUGAAAGAAGAAAAAGAAGAAGAAAAAAGAGAAGGAAAUGAGGAACCAGUGAGAAAACGGUGAGUUUUUAUAAAACUGGGUCCUAAAAAAUUUCUGAAGCGUUUUGAAAUUUGUGAAAAAAUAAGCUCAAAAUUCCAAGGGUUUCCAGCUCACGUCUCCUUAGCUCGCCAAGAAGAAAAAAUGGAAUCACAUGCCAGGAUUUAGAAGAACUCGCUGAACAAAUCAACACACUUUGCAACACAAUCAUCCAAAAUGCUCUUUCUGAUUUAACAAUUCAAACAAAAUUGACAGUUGAAGAUUUGGUUAUUGAACAUUCUUCCCCAACAUUUUCAAAAUUGCAGUAUCAAUUAAACGCGGCUGAAUUGAGAGCUUUGGAUCAGGUCAAAGAUAUUUGUGAAGAAAUGGAUCUGGAAAAUGAUAAGUAUCUUGAAUCUUUCUCGAAAGAGGAGAAAACACCUUCCGAUAUUCUGAAUUUGAUCGAAAUUGUUAUGCAACGCUGCAUCAGAAUAGCCAAAAAAGUGGAGAAAUUUCGAGAAUUAUCAACGGAUUCGAAAUUUGCUUUGUUGAAAAAAAGGGAUGAUUGAGAUUAUGACAGUUCGAGGUGCUGAAUUAUACAACUGGGAAACGAUUUCAUUUGACACCCCAACUGUUAAAAAUGCUUCAGUUGACAUUCAACAAAUGUUCUCGAAAUUGAAUGAUUGUUCGAGUUGUAGCAAACAGCAAGGCAGAUGUUUGGAGUUUUUUGAUUUUCUUGAUCUUGAAGUGAGAUCCAAUAAAUUGGCCAUGAAAAUUUUCACAUUGGCAGUGUUGUUUACUGUGAGAGAAAUGGAGAAACCCAAUGAAAAAGAUGAGGAGAUUAUUAUAACACAACAUAACCAUUACUUGGGUUUAUUGAGAAGGUAAACUAGAUUAAAAAUUUUGAAAAAUGUUGAUUGGAAAUUUCAGAUACUUGGAAUCAUUAUAUGGCGAUGAUGCACAUAAGAUAUUUGACAAAAUACCAGAUGCUUUGGAAAUGUUGAAAGUAAGUUCAUGGGUGGAAAAAUAUCAGGAAAAGUUCUGUAGCUGUUAUAAGAAAUUCUAAAAAUUCAAUUUUCAGGAAAUCGCAAAAGGUUCGGCUGCCUUGUUUGUUGGAAUGAAGCGUAAAAACGAUAACCAGCCACUUUCUAACGAGAUAUUCGGAAUUCAAACAUAA